CGUGAACCCCUUCACUCUCGGCCCAACCACCACGCACCCCCUAGUCCGAACCCUAGAUAACCCAUUACCCCAAUUGACCCUCACCCACUCCGCCCCAACCCCAAACCCCCCCCCUUUCUCUCUCUACUUUCUCUCUCCUAACCCAUGGCCUCCGAAGAAGAUCCCACCGUCUACGGCGAAGAAGACCUCGACGAAGACGACGACGAAGAGAGCGAAGAAGAAGACCUAACCCUAAAUAAUCCACCCCAAGAAGACUUCGAAGACGACGUCGACGUUGACGACGAGGAGGAGGACUCCACCUCUUCCUCCAAUCUCGCCGCCCCUUCUACCGCCGGCCAAGUCACCAUAGCGGUCGCCGGCGUCCCCAACGGCGAGCCGUCUCUUGGAAUCGCCGAUUCGCUCCCCGAUCCGAAGCGUCAACGCGUCGAGAACGUCUCGAUCGCGACCGUCGUCGAAGAGAAGAAGCCGUUGCCCUUGGAUGAGUCUCGGAGGUUGUUUCAACGGCUGUGGACUGACGAGGACGAGAUCGAGCUGUUGCAGGGUUUUCUCGAUUAUAAUACGCAGCGAGGGACGAAUAAUUCGUCGCACCAUCAUGAUACGACGGCGUUCUAUGACCAGAUCAAGAGCAAGUUGCAGCUCGAUUUCAACAAGAAUCAAUUGGUGGAGAAGUUGAGGAGGUUGAAGAAGAAAUAUCGGAACGUUAUGAGCAAGAUGGGUUCGGGUAAAGAGUACGUCUUCAAGAGCCCGCACGAUCAGACGACUUUUGAGAUCUCUCGCAAGAUUUGGAGUGGCGCCACCGCGCGUGGCGGCGGAGGUGCCGCCGCCGCCGUAGGUGUCGGAGAAGAAGGUGGGUUGGAAGAUGACGAAGCAAACCCUAGCCCUAACAUAAAUGAUCACAACAACAACGGUAUUGAUGUGAAUAGUGCAGAGAAAAAGGGGUCAAGGUCGCGAAAACGAUCGCGAGCUGUCAAAGUUGAAGAAAAACCAGUGUUCAAUCAACAACCUCAUCCACCUGCAGUUCCAACCGCAGCUUCGAUUCCGAACUUGAUCGAGGACACUGUGAGGAGUUGUCUCUCGCCUUUGUUCAAGGAAUUGCUUCACAAUGUGAUGAAUGGGCCGUGUGGUUCGCGAGGUUUCGGAGGGCUGACAUUGAAUCCGAUGCCUCUGGGUUUCGGUGGACCGAUGAAUUUCACCAGUGGGGAAAUGGUGGAUGAGAAGUGGAGGAAGCAACAGAUUUUGGAGUUGGAGGUUUAUUCGAAGCGAUUAGAGUUGGUGCAGGAUCAGAUUAAGUCGUCUUUGGAGGAGCUGAGAUCGAAAGGUAGUUGAUAAAGCUUUCAAUUUGGAUUUGAAUUUGAAUAGUAAGUAACUUAAAGUUUUCUUUUUGCUUGGGUUCAUAAAUUUGUUGGUCAUUGAUCAAUGGUUAAAUACUGUAGGUUGUAGUUGCAGUCUGUUUAGAUUUCAUUUUCUUGUUUAUUUACCUUAACAGUUGUUGAAUAAUGAUAUUUAUGAAUUCAGCAUUUGGUAGCUUGUUCGAA